ACUUAGAAAGUGAUGGAGGGAGUUGUCAUGUAGUAUACAUGUAAGGUUUAAGAGUAUAGUUAAAGCAAGUGCAGUGAAACAGAAGGGUUUCAGUGAACUAGAGGAUACCAUGGCGGACAGUAAGCAUGAGUUACACGUCGGUAUAGUCGGUGGUGGAUUGGUAGGAUCUUUAGCUGCUUGUUACUUUGCCAAACGAGGACACACCGUUUCUGUUUACGAAUAUCGUUCAGAUGUACGGAAAGAGAAAUUAAUGGGUCAGAGUAUAGAUUUAGCUUUAUCAACACGUGGACGAGAAGCUUUAAGAGCUAUAGGUCUUGAGGAUGCUCUUGUUAAACAACACGGUAUAGCUAUGAUAGGUAGAAUGUUACAUGGUAAAAAUGGCCAAUUGAAAGAAAUGAUUUAUGACAGUGUCAAGGGAAAUUGCAUUUAUUCUGUAAACAGACAAUAUCUCAAUGAAGUUUUACUCAACGCUGCAGAAAAGCAUCCGGAAGUAAAACUUUACUUUAAUUCAAAAAUCGUUGAUGCUGAUAUCGAUCAAGGAAAAUUAACAAUUUUAAAUAUGAAAAAUCAUACGACGGAAGAAGUAAAUAUUGAUUUAAUAAUCGGAGCAGAUGGAGCUUAUUCUACGAUACGUAAGAUCUUUAUGAAAAGGCCACUUUUUAAUUGCAGUCAGACUUACAUAGAACAUGGAUACAUAGAAUUAUUUAUUCCACCUGGAAAAAAUAAUGAGUUUUCAAUGAGCAAAAAUCAUCUUCACAUUUGGCCAAGAGAUGACUUUAUGAUGAUAGCAUUGCCAAACGAGGAUCACAGUUUUACCGCUAAUCUCUUCGCACCUUUUAAAACUUUAAACAAAUUGAAAACAUCGGAAAGUUUGAUAACAUUUUAUGCGGAACAAUUUCCAGAUUUUUUAAAAUUGAUCGGCGAGGAAAAAUUAAUAAAAAAUUAUUUCGAAAGAAAUCCGAAAACUUUGAUAUCGAUUAAGUGUAAACCAUUUCACAUGGGUAAAAUGGCUAUUUUGGUUGGAGAUGCCGCACAUGCUAUGGUACCAUUUUAUGCUCAAGGAAUGAACGCUGGAUUCGAGGAUAUUCUUUUACUGGAUAAUCUAAUGGAAAAAUACAAUUCGAAUUUAAAUGAAGUUCUUUCAAAAUUUUCGGAACUUCGAUGUAACGAUGCAGAGGCAAUAUGUGACUUAGCAAUGUAUAAUUAUAUAGAGAUGAGGCAUUUAGUAACAAAAAAGUCUUUCGCUUUCCGUCGACGUCUCGAUAAUAUUUUACAUAAAUUAAUUCCGAAUACUUGGAUACCACUUUAUAGUACGGUACAUUUUACUCGUAUGAGUUUCCAAGAAUGUAUUGCUAAUAAAAAAUGGCAAGAUAAGGUAUUGCAAAGGGGUCUGUGGUGUAUAGGAUCAUUGUUAACUGCUAUUUUUGCUUUCUCCUUGACGAAAAUUAAUUUCGAAAAGAUAACAACGAUGAUUUAGAUUAAUUCGAAAAAAAAUUUUCGCAGAAGGAAUUUUUUCAAAUAUCCAACUACUUUAUAAAAAAUAUGAUAUUUUAUAACUAAUUCUAAAUGAUAAUCUUCUUAAUUAUUACGUAUUAACGAAUUAUUGAAAGUUUUAUAUUACGAAUGUAAUCGUGAUUAUAUAUUAAUAAUUAUGAAUUAAUUAUUAAAAGUAAUAAGAAAUACGUCAAUAACGUUGACCGUGUCAAAUAUGAGAUUUCGAUCGAAUAUAUAUAUAUAUAUAUAUAUAUAUAUAUAUAUAUAUAUAUAUAUAUAUAUUUAUCUUCAAAUGUAAUAUCCAAUAGACACGUUUGUAGAUGGGCGAUUGCAUGAAUCUAGAAAUGCAAUUGGAUCAAUUCGUAGGAAUCUCAUUGGUCGAUCGUAACGACCAAUAGGUAGCGAGAAUUAAAUUUAACCUCUUAUUGCUCGGAGGCAAUUUCAAAAUACGAAUAUACUUUGGAAUUCGAUAUCUGACAAUUUGGAAUGUGAUUAAUAAGCUUUAGACGAAAAACAAAAAGAAAAGAAAAAGGAAAAGAAUAUUAGAAAAAAGAAAAAGAGGUUAAGACGAUCAAUGAUAAAAACAAUAUCCUUUCGACGAAUUAUAAUAACGAUCAUGUGAAUAUAUAAAGCGAAUAAGGUUCUUCGAAA